GUAGUUGUGCAUCUCUAAUUCCCCAAGCGCACGUUUAUCAAAACAGAACAUAUUUGAUUGCUGUCGAGGAUUAGCAUAAAUUGAAGAUGUCAUCGUGGAAGAAUGCGUCGAAAAGCAACCAGAAGGUGCACAGGGAGCGCCACCAGCCGGAGUCGCGCCAGCAUCUGGGAUUCCUGGAGAAGAAAAAGGACUACAAGAAGCGAGCCAUCGACGCACAGAAAAAGCAAAAGACCUUGAAGCUAUUGUACCGCCGGGCGCAGAACAAGAAUCCCGAUGAGUUCUACCACCAUAUGAUCAACUCCAAGCUGUCCAACGAUGAGCACCACGAGAAGGACACGAAGGACGAGCACACGCCCGAGCAAUUGGCCCUCAUGCAGACGCAGGACCUCAAGUACGUGGUGAUGAAGCGCACCAUGGAGCGCAAGAAGAUCGAACGCUUGAAGGCCUCGCUGGUGGACGUGGAUGCCAUUAAGGGAGCAGCCAACAAACGUAUCAAAUUUGACGAAGACGGAUACAUGGAGUUGGACAUGGGCGAAUGGCUUUUAAAGCAUGAUGACGAGGAGGAAGAGGAGGAAAAGAAGAAGAAAUCGAAAACAACUGAACCAAACCCCAUCAAACAGCAGCGCAUCAACGAGCUGAAGAAACGCGAGCAGCGUGAAAGGGAACUCGGCAUCGUCCAGCAGAAGAUUCAGCUGAAGAACACCCUCAAGCAGCCACGCCUACUGAAGCCGAGGAAAAUAAAGCCGGGAACCAAGGACAGUGCGCCCGUCUACAAAUUCCGCUACGAACGCAAGAAAUAGAAUAUUUCCCCUCUAGUUAAUAAAGCAAUUAAGUGUUAGUUGAAGACUUUUGACAAAACU